AUGACCCCCAUCGCCCUUCUCCUCCCCCUUCUCCCUCUCCUACCCCUCACCACCGCAACCCCAAUCUGCACCCCAACAACCCCCGCCAUCCUCCCCUGCACCACCCCCACAAUCUGGACCCUCACAAACAUCACCUACACCAGCACAGCCAUCUACUCGACCCCCGCCCACCUCGCCACCGCCUACGCUUCCUUCUCCUUCUCCCUAUCCUCAAACGCCGUUCCGUAUACCUACACCUGCAGCGCGGGAAGCAGCUCCUACCCGACCUAUUUCAACGGGGACCAGGCGUAUACAUGCACGGCUUCUAAUGGGGAUGCGACGGCGCAGGCGACUUGGACGUGGAAUGCUGGGACGAAAGAAGUUUAUUUUAAUGCGAAUUGGGUUUGUGUGGAUGGGUGUUUGGCGUGA